AUGGCUGCUUGGAAGUUGAGACCUUAUUUUCAAGCCUAUACCAUAGAAGUAAUAACUGACCAGCCUCUGAAGAAAAUCCUGGCCAAGCAUGACCAUUCUGAGAGGCUAAUAGCAUGGUCGGUAGAACUGGGAGAAUUUGAUAUUCAGUAUAAGCCUCACACUGCCAUCAAAGCCCAAGCCCUUGCAGACUUUAUCGUCGAAUGCACCUUACCCAAAGAGGAGGUAGCACCAGAGACUGAAGCUAGGGAGGUAAUAGAGACUUGGACCUUGUUCAUGGAUGGUUCACCUAAUGCCAACAGGUGUGGCGCUAGCCUAAUAUUGACAAGGCCAGGGGGAUUCUUAGUACCGUAUGCACUAAGAUUUGAAUUCCAGACCACAAACAACGGAGCAAAAUAUAAAGCUCUAAUUGUAGGUUUGAAUUUGGCCAAGAGUUUGGUAGUAAGGAGCAUCACCGUGCAUUGUGACUCCCAACUGGUGGUCAAUCAAGUCAAUGGAGAGUAUGAGGCGAAGGAACCACGCAUGGCACAAUACUUGAGCAAGAUGCAUAACUUAAUUAAUGAAUUCGCCAGCUUUCAAAUAUUGCAAGUACCCCGAGCACAGAAUGCCUCGACCGACGCACUUUCUAGACUAGCCACCUUGGAAUUUCAAGACCUGGGCAGGACAAUAUACAUUGACGUGCUCGGUGUGCCAAGUAUAGAAGAAACCGUGGAUGUACUACCUAUUGAGGUUGAACCUUGCUGGAUGGAUCCCCUAAUAGCAUAUCUCCAAAGGGGCUCACUCCCAACAAACAAGGAAGAAGCCAAAAAGAUAAGGAUAAGAGCAGCGCGAUACACGAUGAUUAGGGGAGUGCUUUACAAAAAGGCGUAUGCCAUGCCCUGCCUAAAAGGUCUCAGGCCAUCUGAAGUAGAAUACGUUCUACGAGAAAUUCACACAGGCAUUUACGGACAACACUUGGGGGGCAUAGCGCUCGCCCACAAAGUCAUCAGGCAGGGGUACUUUUGGCCAUAUUUACACAAGGAAGCAAUGAGUUUUGUGCACAGAUGCCUCAAGUGCCAAACAUUUGCACUGAUAACGCGUCAGCCGGCCACAGAGCUCACUUUAAUAUCAAGCCCGUUACCUUUUGUGCAGUGGGGCAUGGAUAUUCUAGGUCCUUUUCCAAAGGCAUCAGGAGGUAGGCAAUUCGUAGUUGUGACCAUGGAUUGCUUUACUAAAUGGGUAGAAUCAGAAGCUUUGGCAGUAAUUUCAGCUGCAAAAGUGUGGAGAUUUUUCCUCCACUCUGUCAUAUGUAGGUAUGGAAUUCCAAGAACUCUCAUCACUGACAACGAAAAGCAAUUUGAGUAA